AUGGCCACCGUCAUCGCUACCGCCAGCGCUGGAAAUCCCGUGAAUCUUCGGAAACCUGAGUAUGACCCCGAGUCACUUGAUGGCAGUGACAGCGACGAUUGUCCGAACAAAUGUCAUGUGAAGAAGUACCACGGCGUUGUGCAGGGGAAAAAGUGUUUAGAGCGCCUAGUAGAGUGCGUGGACGAUCCCGAACUCACCGUGUCAUCGCUCAUCGGCAUUUUCGCAGAGGCUAAAAGUUUUGAGUGUACCUUCACCCUGGCUGGCAGUGGUAGCUACAAAUCCAUUAACCUGGAGAAUGUGCUACUGCCCGAAGGCACGACCCUUGACGGACAUCCGAUCACGACGGAAAAGGAUUUCCAAGAUUACCUGAAGACAGCUUUCCCCUGA